GUGCUGUCACCACGCUGUCCCCACGCAGGCGGUGUGCUGCAGCGAUGGGUGGCACUGCUGUCCCCAAGGCACCACGUGUGACCUGCAGCGCUCCAUGUGCACCUCGGGGCGGGACGUGGCGCACGUUGGUGACGUGAAGUGUGACGAUGAGAUGAGCUGCCCUGAUGGGAACACGUGCUGCAGGCUGAGCUCCGGGGAGUGGGGCUGCUGCCCCCUGGAACAGGCCGUGUGCUGCCCUGACCACAUCCACUGCUGCCCCCAGGGCUACACCUGCGACCCCCAGGGGGGGACGUGCCUGCAGGGGGGGGGGCCCCUGCCCUGGCUGAAGAAGAGCCCAGCGCUGGGGGUCGGGGGGGGGAUGUUGCGCUGUGACGACAGGACGAGCUGCCCUGAUGGGAGCACGUGCUGCAGGCUGAGCGGGGGCACCUGGGGGUGCUGCCCCUUGGAGCAGGCCGUGUGCUGCAAGGACCACCAGCACUGCUGCCCCCAGGGCUACACCUGCGACAUCGCCACGCAGAGCUGCGAGAAGCUGUGACCCCCCCGGGGCUGUGAGCCCCCCACCCCAAUAAAGGGUUUGUAGGGAAAAAAAACCCGAAC